AUGGGUACCAAACGAAAGAAUAUGGAGGAUGAAAUGUCUCGAUUCGAGGCAGAGAUCUCUAGUGCAACAGUGUCGUAUUCGGCGCUUCCAUCAGUGCCAGCUGUAUCUGGUAAUCCCUUCAUACCUUCGCAGGUACGAACAGUCAUCGGAUCUCAAACGUACAAUCAGGUGCAGCAAAAACUGGCGCAAGUACCACCGAGGCUGCCACCACCACCAAUGCCUCCCUUUAUGCCAGCAUACAGUGCUCAGCCGCAACCAUUAAUGCCGCAAAAGUCUUAUUCAACGGAACCGACGCCGGUCAUUGUCAGCAGUGCACCGAAGCUGUACACCGCCCGACCUACCGUAGGCAUUGCAACGAAGUCAGAUUCAUCUUCCGGGCCAUCGAGCAGUGGCACAUCGGCCGUCCAAUCGUACGAUAUUGCAAACAUUCAGUACGAAGUAACGACCAAGAUUAAAAAGCCUAAAACGGAAAAGUCUGGACCAAAUCCAAUAGCUGAGGAAGCGAUUAAAGCAGCCCGGGCUUCAUCAGCGUUACAAUCCUUCGGAAACAGCGAAAGACGAGGGAAGAAAGACAAAAAACAAACAGUACGCGUAGCCGGCGGACAAACCUGGGAAGAUAUGUCAUUAUCAGACUGGCCAGAAGACGAUUUUCGCAUAUUCUGUGGCGAUCUCGGAAAUGAUGUGAACGACGAACUGCUGACGCGAACAUUUAACAAAUUUCCCUCAUUUCAACGUGCCAAAGUGAUACGUGAUAAGCGAACGAGCAAGAGCAAGGGCUAUGGCUUCGUGAGUUUUAAGGAUCCGCAGGACUUCAUACGUGCAAUGAAGGAAAUGGACGGACGGUACGUAGGAAGCCGACCAAUCAAACUUCGCAAGAGCACGUGGAAAAAUCGGAGCAUCGAUGUGGUACGGAAAAAGGAGAAGGAAAAACAAGCGCUACUAAGCCUCUUCAAUCAGAGCUAG